AAUUAUCGAAAAUACGCAUGGGGACAUAACGAGCUGAAGCCGAUAUCACUCACUGGACAUAGUGCUGCAAUAUUUGGGCCUGGUCACCUGGGUGCCACCAUCGUGGAUGCACUCGACACACUCUAUAUUAUGGGUCUGAAAGACGAGUUUAGUGAGGGUCGUGAUUGGGUCGAGAAAAACCUGGAUCUGACAGUGCAGGAUCGUUAUAUGUCUGUGUUUGAGACAAAUAUUAGGUUUGUUGGAGGUUUAUUGAGUGCCUACGCGCUGACGCAAGACAGAAUGUUUGUAGAAAAAGCAGCUGAUAUUGCAAAUUUAUUGUUGCCAGCUUUCGAUACACCAACGGGUAUACCUCAUGCAAUGGUGAAUCCUGUUACCGGUGCGUCUCAUAACUGGGGCUGGGCCAACGGCGAAUGCUCAAUACUUUCCGAAUUUGGCUCACUGCAACUUGAAUUUGAUUAUUUAUCGCAGCUCACACGUAACUUUACUUACUCAGAUAAGGUAAGCACCAGUUCGGCUUAG